UGAGGAUUUCCUGCACCCACUUCACCGGUCUCGUGCUGCUGUGGCCCUUUCUCUAUAUAUAUUUAUAUAUAUAUAUAGUAUGUCUGUGAUCCUACCAACCCGCAGAAUAAAGGUAACGUCACUCAUACUGCCGAGGAAACAGGACAUAAUUAAUUCUCCACUCCACAAAGAGGCUCCUCUCGGUAUCUAUACCGUCUGAGAAAACACUGCACCAUGGCCCAGAGUUCAGGCUCAGGAUCCCUUUAACCCCAUAAACUCUGGUUGUUAUGCCAGAAGUUAACAUGGCCGCUGAGCGGUACAAGACAUCCUGUUCCACCUGUUACUGGAAGGACUACAAGCCCCAGCAUCAGCCCGUUCAGUAAACAUUUACAGCCCAUGACACAUGAACGCCACACCGCGCAGCCAGCGCUCACGGCCCCGGCCUCACACACUAGUGCCGCCGGUGACAUCAGCGGCAUAGCCCCGCCCCACUCUGCUUCCUCCGCCGCGGACGCGUCUUCUUCCUUCUCCUCCCUCCUGUGUAUGCUGCUGCUUCCGCCGCCGUUGUGAAAAAAAAGAGGAAGAAGCGACAUUAACCUGAAAGGAAAAAUAAUCCGGGACAAAUGCCGCGGGGCCGACCCCCGAAACUACGGGCCGGGGAUGGAUCAGGCUCAGAUGGUGUUUUGCCAGCAAAUGCAGAGAAUGCCGGCUACCCUUACCAUGGGUCAUCCUAUAAAUGUAAUGUUUGCAUGUUGACUUUCAGUAAGGAAACCCAAUAUCGGAAACAUAUGCGAGAUCAUGAGCGGAAUGAUAAGCCUCAUCGGUGUGAUCAGUGCCCCCUGUCUUUUAAUAUCGAGUUUAACCUUACGCUUCAUAAGUCCACACAUAACGUGGACGAUCCCAUGUGUCCAGCAUGCAACAAGAAGUUCUCCCGCGUGGCCAGUCUCAAAGCUCACAUCAUGCUCCAUGAGAAGGAAGAGAUUCUCAUCUGUUCUGAAUGCGGUGAUGAGUUCACACUACAAAGCCAUCUGUCGCUGCACAUGGAGGAGCACCGGCAAGAGCUGUCUGGAAACAAGACCUACAGCUGCAAGUCCUGCAGGAAGAUGUUUGAAUCUGCUCCACAGCUCAAAGAUCACAUGAAAACACAUUUUAAAAUAAGGGUCACCAGUACUAGAUCUUACAAUAGGAACAUAGAUAGAAGUGGAUUCUCCUACUCCUGUCCACACUGCGGUAAAACGUUUCAAAAGCCAAGUCAGUUAACUCGCCACAUUAGAAUACACACAGGUGAAAGACCCUUCAAAUGUAACCUGUGUGGAAAAGCUUUUAACCAGAAGGGGGCGCUAGCCACACAUAUGGUUAAGCACACAGGGGAGAAGCCCCAUGCCUGUUCUUUUUGUCCAGCCGCCUUUUCCCAGAAAGGCAAUCUCCAGUCUCACAUUCAGCGCGUUCAUUCAGAGGUGAAGAAUGGCGUUACAUAUCACUGCACAGAGUGUAGCUGUGUAUUCAAGAGCCUGGGCAGUCUCAAUACUCACAUUAGUAAAAUGCAUGUAUUGGGAUCCCAGGCUACACCUUCUUCCGCCGGAGCAGCUUCACACGUGGAUACAUCACAGCCAUCCGUGAUAUCUGAUACAAAUCUAAUGCAGCAGUCUCCUGAUGAAAAAUGGAAAAAUCAGGCAGUAGUUUUUCGCCCUGUGCCAGCUCAGACAGACACAGCAGGCGUAUCUGCUUCUGGGCAACAAGGACAGCAGCCGGUUGUGACAGAUGUUAUCGAGCAGAUUUUAGAGCUGGACGAGCCAGUUUCUAUAGAAAGUCAUCAAAAUCAACCAUCGGGACAACCAUUGAACAUUACAGUGGGGAUUAAUCAAGACAUUUUACAGCAAGCUUUAGAAAACAGUGGACUGUCAUCCAUACCGGUUGCUCCACUUCCUAGCGAUCCCAGCCAAGGAAAGACAACCAUUCAUGAAAUUGAAUGUAUAUCGAGUCAGCAGAUGGACUGCAGCGACCAAGGGCCUGCACUAGAACCAGAAGAUCAGAAUAAAACGGACAAACAUGAAAAAAGAAUCUUUAAAAAGAAAUCUGCAUUUGCACAAGUUUCAGGUUCAGUUCGAGAGGAGAGUGGCGUCCGAUGGCAUGUUUGCACCUACUGUGAAAAGGAGUUUAAGAAGCCCAGUGACUUGGUUCGACACAUUCGAAUACACACUCAUGAGAAGCCAUUUAAGUGUAUGCAGUGCUUUAGGGCGUUUGCUGUGAAGAGCACCCUCACUGCUCACAUAAAGACGCACACGGGCAUCAAGGCUUUUAAGUGUGAAUUCUGCAUGAAGUGCUUUUCUACCUCUGGAAGUUUAAAGGUUCACAUCCGCCUGCACACUGGUGUCCGACCUUUUGCUUGUCCUCAUUGUGAUAAGAAGUUUCGCACUUCAGGCCACAGGAAAACGCAUAUUGCUUCACAUUUUAAACAGUGCGAGUUGAGAAAAUUACGACAACAGCGCAAGCCUGGCAAAGUGCGUGCUGGGAAGAGUAGUAUCUCUGUGUCAGAGGUCCCACUGCAGGAACCGAUCCUCAUCACCGAUCUCGGCCUCAUCCAGCCCAUUUCACGGAACAGUCAGUUUAUCCAGAGUUACUUUAUUAAUAGCUAUACGCAUGAAGCUGAUCGACCCUACAAGUGCUACUACUGUCAUCGAGCUUAUAAGAAGUCCUGCCACCUCAAACAGCAUAUCCGGUCUCAUACCGGUGAAAAGCCCUUUAAGUGUUCUCAGUGUGGAAGAGGCUUUGCAUCAUCUGGCGUUUUGAAAGCUCACGUUAGGACUCACACAGGAUUAAGAUCCCAUAAGUGUCCUAUAUGCAAUGGAGCUUUUACAACCAGCGGCAGCCUCCGGCGUCAUAUGGGUAUUCAUAAUGACUUACGACCAUAUAUGUGCCCUUAUUGUCAGAAAACAUUUAAAACCUCUCUAAAUUGCAAAAAGCACAUGAAAACUCACAGGUACGAAGUUGCGCAUCAACUCCAGCAGCAUCAACCAGCAGCUCCAGAGGAGACCACGGUAGACCAAAUCCAUGUAGCUAAUCAAAUACAAGUAGAAAUAGAAGGAGCUGGCCUUCACCAGACAAACAGCGUAGCUGCCCAACAAGAGACCAUUUUACAACUAAGCCCACAGCCAGAUAUGGGCACCGUCUCACCUGCCCUGGAGCAGGCACUUGCUGAUCAGCCAUUGGAAACUGAUGAAGACAGAUUUGUUACUUCUCAGCAUGCUCUGCCAGAGAACAUCGGCCAGUAUGAACCUCCGGUUUUGCCGCCACAGCAUUUUGACCAGCAGGGGCUUUCUCAAGGUUUUACUGUGACUGAUGGAUUUAGUCAGUCAUCAGCAUUCUCAACUGUCCAACAGCUGCAAGAUUCUAGUACACUGGAGUCACAGGCCCUCUCAACAAGUUACCAACAACCAGCGCUUAUGGAGGUGCCCACUACGGAUGCCAUUAACGUGACUGCCCACUUAAUUCAGGAGGAUACACAGGAAGAAAUUGAACUUCAGACUCAACGUACUCAAUUUUUGGAAUCUACAGAAGAUCAGGGCAGGCGUGCCUACAGAUGUGAGUACUGUAAUAAAGGUUUCAAGAAGUCCAGCCAUUUGAAGCAACAUGUUCGAUCACAUACCGGAGAAAAACCAUAUAAGUGUUCUAUAUGUGGCCGUGGUUUUGUUUCGUCUGGAGUACUUAAGUCACAUGAAAAGACUCAUACAGGGGUUAAGGCUUACAGCUGCACCAUCUGUAAUGCGUCCUUCACUACGAAUGGUAGUCUGACCAGGCAUAUGUCCUCACACAUAAGCAUGAAGCCCUACAAGUGCCCUUUCUGUGAAGAGACAUUCAGAACGACUGUGCACUGUAAAAAACACAUGAAGAAGCAUCAGAAUAUUCCUCCAGGUCUUGUUCCAGAAAAUGAUGGGACCACAAGAGAGGAAGGAGAUAUGUGCCUUGAAGAUGAUGAUGAGAAUGGUGAAAGAACCGGAUCACGGAAGUCUCGUCAUGGAGUCAUCACUUUCACCGAAGAGGAAACUGCUGAGUUGGCAAAGAUUCGGCCAAGAGAAGGAGCCACCGUCUCGGAGAAGGUGCUGGUCCAGUCUGCAGCAGAAAAAGAUCGUAUAAGUGAAAUUAAAGAUAAACAGGCUGAACUGGAAACUGAGCCCAAGUUUCCCAAUUGCUGCACGUAUUGCCCUAAAAGCUUUAAAAAGCCCAGUGACCUAAUCAGGCACAUACGUAUUCAUACUGGAGAAAAACCUUUUAAAUGCGAUGAAUGUGGGAAGAGUUUUACAGUGAAAUCAACACUGGAUUCCCAUGUGAAAACCCAUGCAGGUCAAAAGCUGUUUAGCUGCCAUGUCUGCAGUAAUUCCUUUUCUACCAAAGGCAGUCUUAAAGUGCACAUGAGACUGCACACUGGUGCAAAGCCAUUUAAGUGCCCUCACUGUGAUAUGCGCUUUCGGACAUCUGGGCGAAGGAAGACGCACAUACAGUGUCAUUAUAAAGCCGAUUCUAGAAAGGUCAGGAAGUCUGUUGUGCGGAGGCAUCUUUCCCAAAAUGCACUUCCAGUUUCUAGUACAACUUCCAGCACAGUAGAGUCGCUCCAGCCGAUAAAUCUACUGAACUCCUCAACAACAGACCCAAGUGUCUAUAUCACAAAUGGUUCUGUUCUGUCUGGUCAGUUUGACCAAAGUUUACUCCAACAAGGGCUUGUCGGACAGGCAAUCCUUCCUGCUUCAGUAUCAGCUGGUGGGGAUUUAACCGUAUCACUAUCAGACUGCAGCCUGGCCACUCUGGAGGGGAUUCAGUUACAGCUCGCUGCUAACUUUGCUGGACAGAAUGUGCAGAUUUCUGGAAUAGAUGCCACAGGCAUUAACAAUAUCACACUACAGAUUGACCCCAGUAUUUUACAACAAACACUACAACAUGGCAGCAUUAUACCUCAGCCACUUUCUGGCGACCCCACUGCAGUACAAGCCAGCAGCAGUCUACAGACCAGUGAGAAUGCUGUACCUGCGAAUGUUGUACUACAACCUAUAGCAAGCUUGUCUCUUCAACCUUCCACAACAGCGUCAUCCAACCUGACUAUUACCCCCAUCACUGAGCAAGAAUCGGUACUUUCUUCAAGCACUGCAGCUGGACAAGACCUUUCCCAGGUUAUGACGUCUCAAGGCCUAGUGUCCUCAUCUAAUGGACAGCAUGAGAUAACAUUAACCAUUAAUAAUUCCAGUUUAAGUCAGGUUCUGGCUCAUGCAACUGGCACCACUCCUACUACCUCAUCGGUUUCCCCACAGGAGAUCACUCUCACUAUAUCUGGACAAGAUAUCAUGCAGCUGGGACCUUCAGGAGGCAAUGAACUAAAUGGAAACAUGAGACUGCAUACACCUGCAAUUACCAGCCAGGCUCAAGAAAGCUCCCUGUCAUUAAGCAAUGAUCACAUGCUAUCACAGGCCACUACACUAACUACUACUUCAGAACUGACCACAUCGACUGGCAGUCUGCCUUGCACAACAUCAAUCACUCAGUCCCCUGUAUCUACACAAAAUCUGGUUAUGUCAUCUGGAGUAGGAGGAGACGGGAGUGUAACCCUGACAUUGGCAGAUACAGAGAGCAUGCUAACUGGCGGGCUCGAUGCUGUGACACUUAAUAUCACACAGAGUCAGCAGUUCCCUGGUAUUUUGUCUGAUAACAGCUUAUCCGGACAAAAUGGAGCUAGUGCACAGCAGGUGAUAUUAGUCAGCCAUGCAGCACAGCCCUCCAGCAAUACCAGUGACCUCAAUUACCAGGUAUUAUCCAGUGACCUCAAUUACCAGGUUACAGAUGACACUUAUAUAGAAAAGAACAUUGAUGCUGAAAAGCAAGAACGGAUUAAUCAGUGUUUUGAAUGCAACCAUUACUUUCCGUCGGCUGCCAUGUUGGCAGAACACAACAAAGAAGCUCAUGGGAAGGAAAGGAUUCAUGUGUGCCACCUAUGCAAUAAAGCCUUCAAGAGGGCAUCCCAUUUAAAAGAGCAUAUGCAGACACAUCAGCCUGGACCCUCUCGAAGUUCUCAGAUGCCAAAAUUAUUUAAGUGUGAUAUUUGUGAUAAGGCAUUUGCUAAGCCAAGUCAGCUUGAAAGGCACAGCCGCAUUCAUACAGGAGAGCGUCCUUUUCAAUGCUCGUUGUGUGAGAAAGCGUUCAACCAGAAGAGUGCACUGCAGGUGCAUAUGAAGAAGCAUACUGGAGAAAAGCCUUACAAAUGUGAUUACUGCUCAAUGACCUUCUCCCAGAAAUGCAAUAUGAAACUUCAUAUGAAACGAACCCAUGCCUAUCCUGACCUUAUAGAGGAAGUUUCUAUGCACCAAGACGAGGACGAAGGUGGGGAAGACAUAACUCAAACGCUUGAUUUGGAAGAAGUUGUCCAGGAAUCAUCAGGAGACUGGCAAUGUGGCAUAACAAAUGUUUUCCGGUGAUCUACCACUGAUAGUGUGCUAUUCUAGAUGUAUAACAUGAAAAUAUGCACAGGAUUCACUAAGUAGACUGAUGUCAUUCCUCUCACAUAUUUUGUUUUGUUAUUCAGGUGCUAUAUGUUUCAGUUGUUGACCAGAGCCUUUAUUGUAUAUACUGCAUUUUCUCAGGUACCUCUAAAACAUUGGGGGAGCAUUAUCAAAACUAUUGCAACGGCCACAUGGUGGAUUUGCCCAUGGGAGCUUAUUAGAUUUGAGCUUCCAUUUGUAAUUUUGUCAAUUAUAGGCUAUAGACACUUUUUGAUGGCAAUUUUUUUUAUUAUUGCAUUCAUUUUAGGCUAAAAUCAUUUCUUCUUGAUUCACAACUUUCAACAAUUCUUCUUUUACAGCUUUCAGUUUCAGUGUAUUUGCAGACCAGCAGGCUCUUUGUUUCCCACAGAAUUCAUCACACAAUUGCUCUGUUGGAUGGAUCUGCAGCUCUUAUCUCUGAACUCCCGACAGCUCAGAACCACUGAUUUAAGUUAAAUUCUUAUCAAACUGAUAAGAAUUUAGCUAUAAUGAGAGAGAUUAGAGAUUUAGCUUUCAGAGCCGUUCUCUGGCGGAUUCAGUGUGAAGGAGAAGAAAAACUGUUGAAAAUUUUUAAUCAAGACCUUUUGAAAAAAUAAUUUAUAGCCCAAAAUGAGUAGAAUUAAUAAAUAAAAAACAAAAUAAAGGUAUCGGUAACCUAUAAACGUCCAACCUGAUAGGCUUCUAUUCGCAAUCAGGCAUUAGUGAAUCCAAACUUUACAGGUUUGGGUUCAUUGUUCGGGUGGUGUAGGAAUCCCGUUAUGGAUGUCGUUGUAACGGAAUAUAACGGUAUUCUUAAAGGCUUCCGUUUUGCAUUCCCUCUACGAAUCUUGUUAUAACGGAAUUCCUACACCACCCAAUCCUGAACCUGUAAAGUUCGGGUUUGCUCAUCCCUAUUCGCAAUCCCUUUAUGGUUUAUUUAUUCUCGUCUUGAUAAAGCUUCCCUAUUUGUUACUAUUUGAUAGUUGUGUGUAUAUAUAUAUAUAUAUAUAUAUAUAUAUUUCAAUGACUCUUCGACCCCAAGUUCGCUCAAUAUAUACUAUUAUUAUUAUUUCAUGUUGUGUAGUGAAAAUGAUUGCACUCAAGUUGGCCAUUGAAUAUAUGUAUGUUUUUGAGUUAUUGUAUAUAUGUAUAUGCUUGUAUAUAUGACUACUUAUUUGCGUAUUAUAUAUAAUUGUGUGUUUGGGUGUGUAUGUAUAUUGUUCUAAAUAUGCGCUCACUUAUGCACAAUUUGUAUAGAUACAACUCUUCUGGUGGUAGAGAGCACUGCAGCCUUUUCUAUUGUAUUAUACAUGUUUGGAAAGUGGCUGGUCCAUUUCCAUCUCUUAGUUCCUUGAUAGAUACUAUUUUUAAAUGUCUGUGACAUCUCCUACUUCUAAAAUAUUAAUAAAUAAAUAAUGCCUUCAUUUAACAUUUCUAUUUGUGCCUCUGACAAUUAAUGUUUCUACAAAAUGUGACUUGUAUAGUUUGUUGGGAAUGUUAAAUUAUCAUCUAAAUAAUUUUGACAUUGAUCAGCCUUAACA